CAAAAACAAACAGAUAGAAGAAGACAAGAAAGUUUCGACCAAGUUAAUAGUUGAACUCCUGGUAAACAUGAACUUAUUAUUAAAAAUAUGUUUGUUGCUAUUUUCGUUUUCGAAAUUGUGCCACAGUGAAAACUCUAGUACACUUCUAAUCCACAAAAUCAGAGAAGACUUUUUAAAUUUGGAAGAUGAGCUUUGGAGCGUUAUUCUUAACGAGAAAGACAAACGUGGAGAUGAUGCGAUAUUCAUCGUCAAGAGGUUUCUUGCCUUUGACCAGGAACUCCAGCAACUACCACAAGAAAUUCUGUACGGAAUGGAACUUCCAAGAAAAUCACAAUAUUUUCUACUAUUCUUUUCCGAUAUACGAGUGAUUUACGAUUUAUAUGACAAAUCUAGAAGAUAUCAAGAGGAAUUUUUGUUUCCUGAUACGGAAGAUGACAAAGGAGCAGAUGAAGUGGACGAAUAUCAAAAGAAGAUAAACUUGUUGGCUCUUGUCCAUGACAUUCUCUACGACGAGAAGAAUAACGUUAAUAAAACGAUUUUGUCCAUCCAAUCUCAGAUAUUACCAUUGGUGAAAGAUGUAAUUUCACUGAGCAAUGAUUUUUGUCAACAUCCGCAUCAAUCUUCUCAACAAAUAUUUUACAACUUCUACAACUUAGUAGCUUUGGCCCAACUGAAAGCAUACAUGUUAUCCCAAUUUGCACUUAUGGCCCACCGGACGGAUGAUAUAGGCAAUUUCACUGAUUUAUCAUUGCUAGUAAGAAAACAGUACCAAGAGCACAGUGAAGAUUUAUAUAACGUUUUUAAAUUCAGAAUGUAUGAAUCCAGGAAAAUGUAUCGAUGUGAUCCAAAAUAUCAUAAAGAAGGAGAAACUUUCGAACAAUUAACAAGGCUCAUACAAGCACAUGUUCAAAACGAGGUUGACUUAAAUUCAAGAGGUACUUGUACGGAAAAUUGUGCUGCGUAUCCUGUCACACGCAGUUAUGGAUGUUACGAUCACAAUAGUGACUACUGCCGUCAUGUCCAACCAUGCAGAGGCAAUAUAUACAAUUGUCAAUUCAUAGAAUCGGACUUCGUAACCUGUGAUGGAGCCCCAGGCACUCACAGGAGAUAUUCUUACAUUCAAUAUAAAGGAGGUAGAACACUGGGCCAAAGAGGCAGCUGUGCUAGACGGACCGUGGAUAGUUGGUGGAGAUGGUUCGUUCACUGCUCAUACUGCUUAUGUUAUUGCGAUGAACCAGGUCUUAACUCGGAUAGAUACUUUAGUUUACGACCUUCUAUAGCCGAUGUAAACAAUAACUGGGUGGUAACUGGGAUGCGAUUUGUCAAACGAAAUCGCAUGAUUCAUAUUCAAAUUCAGCAGGGCGUGUUAUUGCCCUACGGAUAUAUUAACCAAGACAGCGUACAUUGGAAGCCGGUAGAUGACUUUUCGAUACAGUCUUGGGGUGCUGUUGAAGGUGAAGAUUACCAUAUGAUGAGAUAUCUAAAGAGCACCAUGAAUUUGGACCAAUUAGAAGUUCCGAAUCGGAAUUGUGUUAUUACAGGUGCAGGACUUGUUUUAAAUAACAAAAACGAAAUUAAGUUACAAAUACAAGUAACACCCUUUAACUUGACAUCUGGUAAAUUAGAUAUGGUAAAAUCUACAAAUAUUGAUAUGGGAGACGACUACAACAGAAGAGGCAAAAUCCCGAUAAUCAGCCCAGAUAUACCAACCAAGUCACCUAAAUCGACUGAGUAUUCCCAAGGAUUAUCUACGUCUAUAGAGUUUACACAUACUGAUUUGGACAAAGAUGCAGGCCAAACCACAGUUCCUUUCAUAGACAUUCAACCAGUCUAUUCUGAUGUUGCGGUACCCUUACAAUCAGCUGGACUUUAUUACAAAGGAAUGCUGGGAUAUGGGGGUUUUGUUGGUAUUAACCUACAUACUUACGAUUAUUCCAACCUAUAUAACUUUAAUUUUCCCAAAAAUGAAGAUAGAAAGGAUGAUUCAAGAGAAAGUUUUGUAGAGAUAGUACAUUAGAAGCGUCAUUUAUGACGUAUACAUGUUUUUAUAUACGAUUCUCCUUUUCAACUAAAAACAAUUUGGAAAACGUUAUUCUAGUUUAUUACGUUACUUUUAUGAAAAUAACAUCGAAAGGUCAGUUUUUUUAGAUUCAAGCCAUAAUUUAAUCCGUAGCCCCAAAAACGGCUUCUAAGGUUCGUAGGACCAACGAAUGUUGGUACAUAAUAUAGAGGCAUAUGCGUCUAUAUAAAUUAACAGGUUUCAGAAAGGACAGUUUUGUUUAUUGUUAUUGUUGGUUUGAAAACAGAAAUUAUUUAAAAAGACUUUGCUAUUUAGUUAGUUUGAUAGGGUUAUAUUAAAUUUAGGUUAUAUUUAUCUUAUCUCGAUAAUAAAGGAGUUGACUUUUACUCUGGCUUGUUUAAUUACGGUUAGUUUUUAUUGGACAUAAUUAUAAUAAACAUUUUUAACGAUUACAACACAA